AUGGAGGCCUGGGUCCCUGAGCGGCCUACCUUUGGCUUCUGGGACUACGGUGUCUUUGGUCUCAUGUUGCUGGUCUCCACGGCUAUCGGACUCUUCUUUGGGCUGGCCCGGGGUGGGCAGAAGACCGCAGAAGACUUCUUCACAGGCGGACGGCAGAUGGGAGCUGUGCCCGUGGGCCUCUCGCUGGCAGCCAGCUUCAUGUCGGCUAUCCAGGUGCUGGGAGUGCCUGCGGAGGCUUACCGUUAUGGACUCAAAUUCCUCUGGAUGUGCCUGGGUCAGAUGCUCAACACCCUCCUGACUGCCUACCUCUUCCUCCCUGUCUUCUACCGCCUGGGCCUCACCAGCACAUACCAGUAUCUGGAGCUGAGAUUUAGCCGUUGUGUUCGUCUGUGUGGCACCAUCCAGUAUGUCAUCGCCACGAUGCUAUACACAGGAAUUGUCAUCUAUGCUCCUGCCCUGAUUCUCAACCAAGUAACAGGGCUGGAUAUCUGGGCAUCUCUCCUUUCGACCGGUGCCAUCUGCACCUUUUACACCACUGUGGGAGGCAUGAAGGCCGUCAUCUGGACAGAUGUCUUUCAGGUGUUUGUGAUGCUCUCCGGGUUUGUAGCCAUCUUGACCCAGGGCACGCUUCUGGUUGGUGGUGUCCAGCGGGUGGUGGACAUUGCCCACAAUCACUCCCGGAUCAAUCUGUUUGACUUUGACCUGGACCCAAGGAGACGCUACACCUUCUGGACUUUUGUGGUGGGGGGCACACUGGUGUGGCUGUCCAUGUAUGGGGUGAACCAGGCCCAGGUCCAGCGCUACGUGGCCUGCAGGAGUGAGCGGGAGGCCAGACUAGCACUGCUGAUCAACCAGACGGGUCUCUUCCUCAUUGUGGGCAGCGCAGCCACCUGUGGUGUCAUCAUGUUUGCCCUGUACAGAGACUGUGACCCACUUCAGGCUGGGCACAUCUCUGCUCCUGACCAGUACGUGCCCUACCUGGUGCUAGACAUCUUCCAGGAUUACCCCGGUGUUCCUGGACUCUUCCUUGCCUGUGCUUAUAGUGGUACCUUAAGCACGGCAUCCACCAGCAUCAAUGCCAUGGCCGCUGUCACUGUGGAGGAUCUGAUCAAACCCCGGCUACCAAACCUCAGCCCUCGAAAACUGACUCUGAUCUCCAAGGGGCUGUCUCUCAUCUAUGGUUCAGCCUGUCUGAUGGUGGCUGCCCUGUCCUCCUUGCUCGGAGGUGGUGUCCUUCAGGGGUCUUUCACUGUUAUGGGUGUGAUCAGUGGUCCGCUGCUUGGAGCCUUCAUCCUGGGCAUGUUCAUUCCAGCCUGCAACACUGCAGGUGUCUUCUCGGGCCUGGGUGCAGGCCUUCUACUCUCCUUCUGGGUAGCCGUGGGGUCCACCCUGUAUCCCCCAAGCCCACAGACCAUGGGUGUGUUACCUACGUUCACAGAUCACUGUGAACUCUACAAUGCCACUGAGGGCCUAAAUAUCACCAUGAUCACGGGGACCCUUCCGCCAAGGACUAUUUCUUCCCCAGGAGACAGGACCACUAUUGCUGAUGACUUCUACGCCAUCUCCUACCUGUACUAUGGGGCCCUGGGCACACUGACCACAGUGCUGGGCGGCGUCCUUGUCAGCUACCUGACAGGCCCCACCAAACGUAAUGACCUGGGUCCUGGCCUUCUGUGGUGGGAUGUCAUGAAACAGAUGUCCUCUGUGGCCCCCAUGGCUCAGUCGAUGCCCCUGGAGGAUGGCUUGUCUAAUUCCAAGGAUUCCAAAGAGUACCCACAUGAGGUGAAGAAGCCCCCAGGCUCCCCAUCUUUCUGGCUGCUCCAGAAAGAGGCAGAGGAAAGCAACCUGCUUAGGGAAACUGACAUCUAA